AUGCUCAAGACGUAUGCCAACUUUCCAGAAGCACCUCAGGAGGAGGCUUCUGUCAGCAAUAGGCUCAAGACAUAUGCCAACUUUCCAGAAGCACCUCAGGACGAGGCUUCUCUCAGCAAUAGGCUCAAGACGUAUGCCAACUUUCCAGAAGCACCUCAGGAGGAGGCUUCUCUCAGCAAUAGGCUCAAGACAUAUGCCAACUUUCCAGAAGCACCUCAGGACGAGGCUUCUCUCAGCAAUAGGCUCAAGACGUAUGCCAACUUUCCAGAAGCACCUCAGGAGGAGGCUUCUCUCAGCAAUAGGCUCAAGACUUAUGCCAACAUUCCAGAAGCACCUCAGGAGGAGGCUUCUCUCAGCAAUAGGCUCAAGACGUAUGCCAACUUUCCAGAAGCACCUCAGGACGAGGCUUCUCUCAGCAAUAGGCUCAAGACGUAUGCCAACUUUCCAGAAGCACCUCAGGACGAGGCUUCUCUCAGCAAUAGGCUCAAGACGUAUGCCAACUUUCCAGAAGCACCUCAGGAGAAGGCUUCUCUCAGCAAUAGGCUCAAGACGUAUGCCAACUUUCCAGAAGCACCUCAGGACGAGGCUUCUCUCAGCAAUAGGCUCAAGACAUAUGCCAACUUUCCAGAAGCACCUCAGGACGAGGCUUCUCUCAGCAAUAGGCUCAAGACGUAUGCCAACUUUCCAGAAGCACCUCAGGAGGAGGCUUCUCUCAGCAAUAGGCUCAAGACAUAUGCCAACUUUCCAGAAGCACCUCAGGACGAGGCUUCUCUCAGCAAUAGGCUCAAGACGUAUGCCAACUUUCCAGAAGCACCUCAGGAGGAGGCUUCUCUCAGCAAUAGGCUCAAGACAUAUGCCAACUUUCCAGAAGCACCUCAGGACGAGGCUUCUCUCAGCAAUAGGCUCAAGACGUAUGCCAACUCUCCAGAAGAACCUCAGGAGGAGGCUUCUCUCAGCAAUAGGCUCAAGACGUAUGCCAACUUUCCAGAAGCACCUCAGGAGGAGGCUUCUCUCAGCAAUAGGCUCAAGACGUAUGCCAACUUUCCAGAAGCACCUCAGGAGGAGGCUUCUCUCAGCAAUAGGCUCAAGACGUAUGCCAACUUUCCAGAAGAACCUCAGGAGGAGGCUUCUCUCAGCAAUAGGCUCAAGACGUAUGCCAACUUUCCAGAAGCACCUCAGGAGGAGGCUUCUCUCAGCAAUAGGCUCAAGACGUAUGCCAACUUUCCAGAAGCACCUCAGGAGGAGGCUUCUCUCAGCAAUAGGCUCAAGACGUAUGCCAACUUUCCAGAAGCACCUCAGGAGGAGGCUUCUCUCAGCAAUAGGCUCAAGACAUAUGCCAACUUUCCAGAAGCACCUCAGGACGAGGCUUCUCUCAGCAAUAGGCUCAAGACGUAUGCCAACUUUCCAGAAGCACCUCAGGAGGAGGCUUCUCUCAGCAAUAGGCUCAAGACGUAUGCCAACUUUCCAGAAGCACCUCAGGAGGAGGCUUCUCUCAGCAAUAGGCUCAAGACAUAUGCCAACUUUCCAGAAGCAGCUCAGGACGAGGCUUCUCUCAGCAAUAGGCUCAAGACGUAUGCCAACUUUCCAGAAGCACCUCAGGAGGAGGCUUCUCUCAGCAAUAGGCUCAAGACGUAUGCCAACUUUCCAGAAGCACCUCAGGAGGAGGCUUCUCUCAGCAAUAGGCUCAAGACAUAUGCCAACUUUCCAGAAGCACCUCAGGACGAGGCUUCUCUCAGCAAUAGGCUCAAGACGUAUGCCAACUUUCCAGAAGCACCUCAGGAGGAGGCUUCUCUCAGCAAUAGGCUCAAGACGUAUGCCAACUUUCCAGAAGCACCUCAGGAGGAGGCUUCUCUCAGCAAUAGGCUCAAGACAUAUGCCAACUUUCCAGAAGCAGCUCAGGACGAGGCUUCUCUCAGCAAUAGGCUCAAGACGUAUGCCAACUUUCCAGAAGCACCUCAGGAGGAGGCUUCUCUCAGCAAUAGGCUCAAGACGUAUGCCAACUUUCCAGAAGCACCUCAGGAGGAGGCUUCUCUCAGCAAUAGGCUCAAGACGUAUGCCAACUUUCCAGAAGCACCUCAGGAGGAGGCUUCUCUCAGCAAUAGGCUUAAGACGUAUGCCAACUUUCCAGAAGCACCUCAGGAGGAGGCUUCUCUCAGCAAUAGGCUUAAGACGUAUGCCAACUUUCCAGAAGCACCUCAGGAGGAGGCUUCUCUCAGCAAUAGGCUCAAGACGUAUGCCAACUUUCCAGAAGCACCUCAGGAGGAGGCUUCUCUCAGCAAUAGGCUCAAGACGUAUGCCAACUUUCCAGAAGCACCUCAGGAGGAGGCUUCUCUCAGCAAUAGGCUCAAGACGUAUGCCAACUUUCCAGAAGCACCUCAGGAGGAGGCUUCUCUCAGCAAUAGGCUUAAGACGUAUGCCAACUUUCCAGAAGCACCUCAGGAGGAGGCUUCUCUCAGCAAUAGGCUUAAGACGUAUGCCAACUUUCCAGAAGCACCUCAGGAGGAGGCUUCUCUCAGCAAUAGGCUCAAGACGUAUGCCAACUUUCCAGAAGCACCUCAGGAGGAGGCUUCUCUCAGCAAUAGGCUCAAGACGUAUGCCAACUUUCUAGAAGCACCUCAGGAGGAGGCUUCUCUCAGCAAUAGGCUCAAGACGUAUGCCAACUUUCCAGAAGCACCUCAGGAGGAGGCUUCUCUCAGCAAUAGGCUCAAGACGUAUGCCAACUUUCCAGAAGCACCUCAGGAGGAGGCUUCUCUCAGCAAUAGGCUCAAGACGUAUGCCAACUUUCUAGAAGCACCUCAGGAGGAGGCUUCUCUCAGCAAUAGGCUCAAGACGUAUGCCAAAUUUCCAGAAGCACCUCAGGAGGAGGCUUCUCUCAGCAAUAGGCUCAAGACGUAUGCCAACUUUCCAGAACCACCUCAGGAGGAGGCUUCUCUCAGCAAUAGGCUCAAGACGUAUGCCAACUUUCCAGAAGCACCUCAGGAGGAGGCUUCUCUCAGCAAUAGGCUCAAGACGUAUGCCAACUUUCCAGAAGCACCUCAGGAGGAGGCUUCUCUCAGCAAUAGGCUCAAGACGUAUGCCAACUUUCCAGAAGCACCUCAGGAGGAGGCUUCUCUGAGCAAUAGGCUCAAGACGUAUGCCAACUUUCCAGAAGCACCUCAGGAGGAGGCUUCUCUCAGCAGUAGGCUCAAGACGUAUGCCAACUUUCCAGAAGCACCUAAGGAGGAGGCUUCUCUCAGCAAUAGGCUCAAGACGUAUGCCAAAUUUCCAGAAGCACCUCAGGAGGAGGCUUCUCUCAGCAAUAGGCUCAAGACGUAUGCCAACUUUCCAGAACCACCUCAGGAGGAGGCUUCUCUCAGCAAUAGGCUCAAGACGUAUGCCAACUUUCCAGAAGCACCUCAGGAGGAGGCUUCUCUCAGCAAUAGGCUCAAGACGUAUGCCAACUUUCUAGAAGCACCUCAGGAGGAGGCUUCUCUCAGCAAUAGGCUCAAGACGUAUGCCAACUUUCCAGAAGCACCUCAGGAGGAGGCUUCUCUCAGCAAUAGGCUCAAGACGUAUGCCAACUUUCCAGAAGCACCUCAGGAGGAGGCUUCUCUCAGCAAUAGGCUCAAGACGUAUGCCAAAUUUCCAGAAGCACCUCAGGAGGAGGCUUCUCUCAGCAAUAGGCUCAAGACGUAUGCCAACUUUCCAGAAGCACCUCAGGAGGAGGCUUCUCUCAGCAAUAGGCUCAAGACGUAUGCCAAAUUUCCAGAAGCACCUCAGGAGGAGGCUUCUCUCAGCAAUAGGCUCAAGACGUAUGCCAAAUUUCCAGAAGCACCUCAGGAGGAGGCUUCUCUCAGCAAUAGGCUCAAGACGUAUGCCAACUUUCCAGAAGCACCUCAGGAGGAGGCUUCUCUCAGCAAUAGGCUCAAGACGUAUGCCAAAUUUCCAGAAGCACCUCAGGAGGAGGCUUCUCUCAGCAAUAGGCUCAAGACGUAUGCCAACUUUCCAGAAGCACCUCAGGAGGAGGCUUCUCUCAGCAAUAGGCUCAAGACGUAUGCCAAAUUUCCAGAAGCACCUAAGGAGGAGGCUUCUCUCAGCAGUAGGCUCAAGACGUAUGCCAACUUUCCAGAAGCACCUCAGGAGGAGGCUUCUCUCAGCAAUAGGCUCAAGACGUAUGCCAACUUUCCAGAAGCACCUCAGGAGGAGGCUUCUCUCAGCAAUAGGCUCAAGACGUAUGCCAACUUUCCAGAAGCACCUCAGGAGGAGGCUUCUCUCAGCAAUAGGCUCAAGACGUAUGCCAACUUUCCAGAAGCACCUCAGGAGGAGGCUUCUCUCAGCAAUAGGCUCAAGACGUAUGCCAACUUUCCAGAAGCACCUCAGGAGGAGGCUUCUCUCAGCAAUAGGCUCAAGACGUAUGCCAACUUUCCAGAAGCACCUCAGGAGGAGGCUUCUCUCAGCAAUAGGCUCAAGACGUAUGCCAACUUUCCAGAAGCACCUCAGGAGGAGGCUUCUCUCAGCAAUAGGCUCAAGACGUAUGCCAACUUUCUAGAAGCACCUCAGGAGGAGGCUUCUCUCAGCAAUAGGCUCAAGACGUACGCCAACUUUCCAGAAGCACCUCAGGAGGCUUCUCUCAGCAAUAGGCUCAAGACGUAUGCCAACUUUCCAGAAGCACCUCAGGAGGAGGCUUCUCUCAGCAAUAGGCUCAAGACGUAUGCCAAAUUUCCAGAAGCACCUCAGGAGGAGGCUUCUCUCAGCAAUAGGCUCAAGACGUAUGCCAACUUUCCAGAAGCACCUCAGGAGGAGGCUUCUCUCAGCAAUAGGCUCAAGACGUAUGCCAACUUUCCAGAAGCACCUCAGGAGGAGGCUUCUCUCAGCAAUAGGCUCAAGACGUAUGCCAACUUUCCAGAAGCACCUCAGGAGGAGGCUUCUCUCAGCAAUAGGCUCAAGACGUAUGCCAACUUUCCAGAAGCACCUCAGGAGGAGGCUUCUCUCAGCAAUAGGCUCAAGACGUAUGCCAACUUUCUAGAAGCACCUCAGGAGGAGGCUUCUCUCAGCAAUAGGCUCAAGACGUACGCCAACUUUCCAGAAGCACCUCAGGAGGCUUCUCUCAGCAAUAGGCUCAAGACGUAUGCCAACUUUCCAGAAGCACCUCAGGAGGAGGCUUCUCUCAGCAAUAGGCUCAAGACGUAUGCCAAAUUUCCAGAAGCACCUCAGGAGGAGGCUUCUCUCAGCAAUAGGCUCAAGACGUAUGCCAACUUUCCAGAAGCACCUCAGGAGGAGGCUUCUCUCAGCAAUAGGCUCAAGACGUAUGCCAACUUUCCAGAAGCACCUCAGGAGGAGGCUUCUCUCAGCAAUAGGCUCAAGACGUAUGCCAAAUUUCCAGAAGCACCUAAGGAGGAGGCUUCUCUCAGCAGUAGGCUCAAGACGUAUGCCAACUUUCCAGAAGCACCUCAGGAGGAGGCUUCUCUCAGCAAUAGGCUCAAGACGUAUGCCAACUUUCCAGAAGCACCUCAGGAGGAGGCUUCUCUCAGCAAUAGGCUCAAGACGUAUGCCAACUUUCCAGAAGCACCUCAGGAGGAGGCUUCUCUCAGCAAUAGGCUCAAGACGUAUGCCAACUUUCCAGAAGCACCUCAGGAGGAGGCUUCUCUCAGCAAUAGGCUCAAGACGUAUGCCAACUUUCCAGAAGCACCUCAGGAGGAGGCUUCUCUCAGCAAUAGGCUCAAGACGUAUGCCAACUUUCCAGAAGCACCUCAGGAGGAGGCUUCUCUCAGCAAUAGGCUCAAGACGUAUGCCAACUUUCCAGAAGCACCUCAGGAGGAGGCUUCUCUCAGCAAUAGGCUCAAGACGUAUGCCAACUUUCCAGAAGCACCUCAGGAGGAGGCUUCUCUCAGCAAUAGGCUCAAGACGUAUGCCAACUUUCCAGAAGCACCUCAGGAGGAGGCUUCUCUCAGCAAUAGGCUCAAGACGUAUGCCAACUUUCUAGAAGCACCUCAGGAGGAGGCUUCUCUCAGCAAUAGGCUCAAGACGUACGCCAACUUUCCAGAAGCACCUCAGGAGGAGGCUUCUCUCAGCAAUAGGCUCAAGACGUAUGCCAACUUUCCAGAAGCACCUCAGGAGGAGGCUUCUCUCAGCAAUAGGCUCAAGACGUAUGCCAAAUUUCCAGAAGCACCUCAGGAGGAGGCUUCUCUCAGCAAUAGGCUCAAGACGUAUGCCAACUUUCCAGAAGCACCUCAGGAGGAGGCUUCUCUCAGCAAUAGGCUCAAGACGUAUGCCAAAUUUCCAGAAGCACCUCAGGAGGAGGCUUCUCUCAGCAAUAGGCUCAAGACGUAUGCCAACUUUCCAGAAGCACCUCAGGAGGAGGCUUCUCUCAGCAAUAGGCUCAAGACGUAUGCCAAAUUUCCAGAAGCACCUCAGGAGGAGGCUUCUCUCAGCAAUAGGCUCAAGACGUAUGCCAAAUUUCCAGAAGCACCUAAGGAGGAGGCUUCUCUCAGCAGUAGGCUCAAGACGUAUGCCAACUUUCCAGAAGCACCUCAGGAGGAGGCUUCUCUCAGCAAUAGGCUCAAGACGUAUGCCAACUUUCCAGAAGCACCUCAGGAGGAGGCUUCUCUCAGCAAUAGGCUCAAGACGUAUGCCAACUUUCCAGAAGCACCUCAGGAGGAGGCUUCUCUCAGCAAUAGGCUCAAGACGUAUGCCAACUUUCCAGAAGCACCUCAGGAGGAGGCUUCUCUCAGCAAUAGGCUCAAGACGUAUGCCAACUUUCCAGAAGCACCUCAGGAGGAGGCUUCUCUCAGCAAUAGGCUCAAGACGUAUGCCAACUUUCCAGAAGCACCUCAGGAGGAGGCUUCUCUCAGCAAUAGGCUCAAGACGUAUGCCAACUUUCCAGAAGCACCUCAGGAGGAGGCUUCUCUCAGCAAUAGGCUCAAGACGUAUGCCAACUUUCCAGAAGCACCUCAGGAGGAGGCUUCUCUCAGCAAUAGGCUCAAGACGUAUGCCAACUUUCCAGAAGCACCUCAGGAGGAGGCUUCUCUCAGCAAUAGGCUCAAGACGUAUGCCAACUUUCCAGAAGCACCUCAGGAGGAGGCUUCUCUCAGCAAUAGGCUCAAGACGUAUGCCAACUUUCCAGAAGCACCUCAGGAGGAGGCUUCUCUCAGCAAUAGGCUCAAGACGUAUGCCAACUUUCCAGAAGCACCUCAGGAGGAGGCUUCUCUCAGCAAUAGGCUCAAGACGUAUGCCAACUUUCCAGAAGCACCUCAGGAGGAGGCUUCUCUCAGCAAUAGGCUCAAGACGUAUGCCAACUUUCCAGAAGCACCUCAGGAGGAGGCUUCUCUCAGCAAUAGGCUCAAGACGUAUGCCAACUUUCCAGAAGCACCUCAGGAGGAGGCUUCUCUCAGCAAUAGGCUCAAGACGUAUGCCAACUUUCCAGAAGCACCUCAGGAGGAGGCUUCUCUCAGCAAUAGGCUCAAGACGUAUGCCAACUUUCCAGAAGCACCUCAGGAGGAGGCUUCUCUCAGCAAUAGGCUCAAGACGUAUGCCAACUUUCCAGAAGCACCUCAGGAGGAGGCUUCUCUCAGCAAUAGGCUCAAGACGUAUGCCAACUUUCCAGAAGCACCUCAGGAGGAGGCUUCUCUCAGCAAUAGGCUCAAGACGUAUGCCAACUUUCCAGAAGCACCUCAGGAGGAGGCUUCUCUCAGCAAUAGGCUCAAGACGUAUGCCAACUUUCCAGAAGCACCUCAGGAGGAGGCUUCUCUCAGCAAUAGGCUCAAGACGUAUGCCAACUUUCCAGAAGCACCUCAGGAGGAGGCUUCUCUCAGCAAUAGGCUCAAGACGUAUGCCAACUUUCCAGAAGCACCUCAGGAGGAGGCUUCUCUCAGCAAUAGGGUCAAGACGUAUGCCAACUUUCCAGAAGCACCUCAGGAGGAGGCUUCUCUCAGCAAUAGGCUCAAGACGUAUGCCAACUUUCCAGAAGCACCUCAGGAGGAGGCUUCUCUCAGCAAUAGGCUCAAGACGUAUGCCAACUUUCCAGAAGCACCUCAGGAGGAGGCUUCUCUCAGCAAUAGGCUCAAGACGUAUGCCAACUUUCCAGAAGCACCUCAGAAGGAGGCUUCUCUCAGCAAUAGGCUCAAGACGUAUGCCAACUUUCCAGAAGCACCUCAGGAGGAGGCUUCUCUCAGCAAUAGGCUCAAGACGUAUGCCAACUUUCCAGAAGCACCUCAGGAGGAGGCUUCUCUCAGCAAUAGGCUCAAGACGUAUGCCAACUUUCCAGAAGCACCUCAGGAGGAGGCUUCUCUCAGCAAUAGGCUCAAGACGUAUGCCAACUUUCCAGAAGCACCUCAGGAGGAGGCUUCUCUCAGCAAUAGGCUCAAGACGUAUGCCAACUUUCCAGAAGCACCUCAGGAGGAGGCUUCUCUCAGCAAUAGGCUCAAGACGUAUGCCAACUUUCCAGAAGCACCUCAGGAGGAGGCUUCUCUCAGCAAUAGGCUCAAGACGUAUGCCAACUUUCCAGAAGCACCUCAGGAGGAGGCUUCUCUCAGCAAUAGGCUCAAGACGUAUGCCAACUUUCCAGAAGCACCUCAGGAGGAGGCUUCUCUCAGCAAUAGGCUCAAGACGUAUGCCAACUUUCCAGAAGCACCUCAGGAGGAGGCUUCUCUCAGCAAUAGGCUCAAGACGUAUGCCAACUUUCCAGAAGCACCUCAGGAGGAGGCUUCUCUCAGCAAUAGGCUCAAGACGUAUGCCAACUUUCCAGAAGCACCUCAGGAGGAGGCUUCUCUCAGCAAUAGGCUCAAGACGUAUGCCAACUUUCCAGAAGCACCUCAGGAGGAGGCUUCUCUCAGCAAUAGGCUCAAGACGUAUGCCAACUUUCCAGAAGCACCUCAGGAGGAGGCUUCUCUCAGCAAUAGGCUCAAGACGUAUGCCAACUUUCCAGAAGCACCUCAGGAGGAGGCUUCUCUCAGCAAUAGGCUCAAGACGUAUGCCAACUUUGCAGAAGCACCUCAGGAUGAGGCUUCUCUCAGCAAUAGGCUCAAGACGUAUGCCAACUUUCCAGAAGCACCUCAGGAGGAGGCUUCUCUCAGCAAUAGGCUCAAGACGUAUGCCAACUUUCCAGAAGCACCUCAGGAGGAGGCUUCUCUCACCAAUAGGCUCAAGACGUAUGCCAACUUUCCAGAAGCACCUCAGGAGGAGGCUUCUCUCAGCAAUAGGCUCAAGACGUAUGCCAACUUUGCAGAAGCACCUCAGGAUGAGGCUUCUCUCAGCAAUAGGCUCAAGACGUAUGCCAACUUUCCAGAAGCACCUCAGGAGGAGGCUUCUCUCAGCAAUAGGCUCAAGACGUAUGCCAACUUUCCAGAAGCACCUCAGGAGGAGGCUUCUCUCACCAAUAGGCUCAAGACCUAUGCCAACUUUCCAGAAGCACCUCAGGAGGAGGCUUCUCUCAGCAAUAGGCUCAAGACGUAUGCCAACUUUCCAGAAGCACCUCAGGAGGAGGCUUCUCUCAGCAAUAGGCUCAAGACGUAUGCCAACUUUCCAGAAGCACCUCAGGAGGAGGCUUCUCUCACCAAUAGGCUCAAGACCUAUGCCAACUUUCCAGAAGCACCUCAGGAGGAGGCUUCUCUCAGCAAUAGGCUCAAGACGUAUGCCAACUUUCCAGAAGCAUCUCAGGAGGAGGCUUCUCUCAGCAAUAGGCUCAAGACGUAUGCCAACUUUCCAGAAGCACCUCAGGAGGAGGCUUCUCUCAGCAGUAGGCUCAAGACGUAUGCCAACUUUGCAGAAGCACCUCAGGAUGAGGCUUCUCUCAGCAAUAGGCUCAAGACGUAUGCCAACUUUCCAGAAGCACCUCAGGAGGAGGCUUCUCUCAGCAAUAGGCUCAAGACGUAUGCCAACUUUCCAGAAGCACCUCAGGACGAGGCUUCUCUCAGCAAUAGGCUCAAGACGUAUGCCAACUUUCCAGAAGCACCUCAGGAGGAGGCUUCUCUCAGCAAUAGGCUCAAGACGUAUGCCAACAUUCCAGAAGCACCUCAGGAAGAGGCUUCUCUCAGCAAUAGGCUCAAGACAUAUGCCAACUUUCCAGAAGCACCUCAGGACGAGGCUUCUCUCAGCAAUAGGCUCAAGACAUAUGCCAACUUUCCAGAAGCACCUCAGGAGGAGGCUUCUCUCACCAAUAGGCUCAAGACGUAUGCCAACUUUCCAGAAGCACCUCAGGAGGAGGCUUCUCUCAGCAAUAGGCUCAAGACAUAUGCCAACUUUCCAGAAGCACCUCAGGACGAGGCUUCUCUCAGCAAUAGGCUCAAGACAUAUGCCAACUUUCCAGAAGCACCUCAGGAGGAGGCUUCUCUCACCAAUAGGCUCAAGACGUAUGCCAACUUUCCAGAAGCACCUCAGGAGGAGGCUUCUCUCAGCAAUAGGCUCAAGACGUAUGCCAACUUUCCAGAAGCACCUCAGGAGGAGGCUUCUCUCAGCAAUAGGCUCAAGACGUAUGCCAACUUUCCAGAAGCACCUCAGGAGGAGGGUUCUCUCAGCAAUAGGCUCAAGACGUAUGCCAACUUUCCAGAAGCACCUCAGGACGAGGCUUCUCUCAGCAAUAGGCUCAAGACGUAUGCCAACUUUCCAGAAGCAGCUCAGGAGGAGGCUUCUCUCAGCAAUAGGCUCAAGACGUGUGCCAACUUUCCAGAAGCACCUCAGGACGAGGCUUCUCUCAGCAAUAGGCUCAAGACGUAUGCCAACUUUCCAGAAGCACCUCAGGAGGAGGCUUCUCUCAGCAAUAGGCUCAAGACAUAUGCCAACUUUCCAGAAGCACCUCAGGACGAGGCUUCUCUCAGCAAUAGGCUCAAGACGUAUGCCAACUUUCCAGAAGCACCUCAGGAGGAGGCUUCUCUCAGCAAUAGGCUCAAGACAUAUGCCAACUUUCCAGAAGCACCUCAGGACGAGGCUUCUCUCAGCAAUAGGCUCAAGACGUAUGCCAACUUUCCAGAAGCACCUCAGGAGGAGGCUUCUCUCAGCAAUAGGCUCAAGACGUAUGCCAACUUUCCAGAAGCACCUCAGGAGGAGGCUUCUCUCAGCAAUAGGCUCAAGACAUAUGCCAACUUUCCAGAAGCACCUCAGGACGAGGCUUCUCUCAGCAAUAGGCUCAAGACGUAUGCCAACUUUCCAGAAGCACCUCAGGAGGAGGCUUCUCUCAGCAAUAGGCUCAAGACGUAUGCCAACUUUCCAGAAGCACCUCAGGAGGAGGCUUCUCUCAGCAAUAGGCUCAAGACGUAUGCCAACUUUCCAGAAGCACCUCAGGAGGAGGCUUCUCUCAGCAAUAGGCUCAAGACGUAUGCCAACUUUCCAGAAGCACCUCAGGAGGAGGCUUCUCUCAGCAAUAGGCUCAAGACGUAUGCCAACUUUCCAGAAGCACCUCAGGAGGAGGCUUCUCUCAGCAAUAGGCUCAAGACGUAUGCCAACUUUCCAGAAGCACCUCAGGAGGAGGCUUCUCUCAGCAAUAGGCUCAAGACGUAUGCCAACUUUCCAGAAGCACCUCAGGAGGAGGCUUCUCUCAGCAAUAGGCUCAAGACGUAUGCCAACUUUCCAGAAGCACCUCAGGAGGAGGCUUCUCUCAGCAAUAGGCUCAAGACAUAUGCCAACUUUCCAGAAGCACCUCAGGACGAGGCUUCUCUCAGCAAUAGGCUCAAGACGUAUGCCAACUUUCCAGAAGCACCUCAGGAGGAGGCUUCUCUCAGCAAUAGGCUCAAGACGUAUGCCAACUUUCCAGAAGCACCUCAGGAGGAGGCUUCUCUCAGCAAUAGCCUCGAAGAGAUUCCUGAGGUGUCCCGCGUUACUAGACAGGAGUCCUGA